AUGCUACCGGAUGAAGCGACGUCGUCUUUGGGGCUCAACCGCGCAGCCUCCUCCAUUGUCUUACCGGUUCAUGGAAACGUGUACCCUAUUGGGUCUUAUAAUGUCACUCUUAACAUUGGUCAGCCUCCAAAGCCCUACUUUCUUGAUCCAGACACUGGUAGUGAUCUCACAUGGCUCCAAUGUGAUGCUCCCUGUGUCAGAUGCACUGAGGCUCCUCAUCCAUUGUACCGUCCCAACAAUGAUCUAGUGGUCUGUAAGGACCCCCUCUGUGAGGCCUUGCAUGCACCGGGUUCCCACAAAUGUGAUAAUCCAGAGCAAUGUGACUAUGAAGUUGAGUAUGCAGAUGGUGGCUCAUCCCUUGGUGUACUUGUAAGGGAUGCCUUUCUCCUCAACUUUACCAAUGGAAACCAGCGAACAACUCACCUGGCCCUUGGGUGUGGAUAUGAUCAACUUCCUGGUUCAUCUUAUCAUCCCAUAGAUGGAGUCCUCGGCCUUGGCAAGGGAAAACCUAGCAUCGUAUCACAACUUAGUAAUCAGGGUCUGGUGCGACAUGUCAUUGGACUUGCGGAACUUAUAGUCGGUGGGAAAUCUACUGGUUUUAGAAACCUCGUUAUGGUUUUUGACAGUGGAAGCUCAUACACUUAUCUUAAUUCUCAGGCUUAUCAAUUUUUGACUUCAUGGUUGAAAAGAGAACUAACUGGAAAACCUUUAAAAGAAGCUCUAGAUGACAAGACUCUCCCACUUUGUUGGAAAGGUCGAAAGCCAUUUAGAAACAUACGUGAUGUCAAGACAUACUUCAAGCCCUUAGCACUAAGAUUUGCCAGUGGUAGAAAAGAUACCACACAGUUUGAAUUGCCCCCAGAAGCUUAUCUAAUUAUAUCGUCCAAGGGAAAUGUUUGCUUGGGAAUUUUAAAUGGUGGUGAAGUUGGGCUGCAAAAUUCUAACAUUAUUGGAGACAUUUCAAUGCAAGAUAAAAUGGUGAUUUAUGACAAUGAGAAGCAGAUGAUUGGAUGGGGUCCUGGAAACUGUGAUCAGCUACCCAAGUCUAGAAGUUUCAGCUUUUGGUGA